UUAAAAAAAAAAAAAAACGUUGUUUCUUUCCUAAAACAUUGCUUUUUUUGAAAUCUACAACCGCUGCGCCAAUCGGCCUUAAAGACUCAGAAACCACAUGGAACUCACACUCACAGAGCCAAAUUCCUAAACCCCAAAAUAAUGGGAACAACGUAAGUAGCGACUGUUUCACCUGGGGGAGCACUACUAGGAAAACUAAACUCCAAACCCAAAAAAAUAGAUUUGUGUUGUUUACCCAAAAUUAUAGCCAUUUCUAGCGUACAGCCAAGGCUGCUGCUGCGAAUGCUCUAAGCUUUUUGAAGCUAAUUUAUGGACAUUGAAUUUUGGCUUUUUGGCCGUGUUGUUAGGUUGAAGUGUGAUCCCUAAAUUAUUUUGAUGAUGGGAAAGCCUCUCUACUACGAUGGGGCAAAGGCAGAAAUUUCUAAAAGCUUAAUCAAUAGGAUCUAUGAUGUCUUCUCCGAUGGCAUACAUUUUUCAACACCAGUUUCCUCCUUGAGGACAAAUGAAGUUGAUUUGGUACGAGGUGUUUUACGAAUGUUUCAAGGGCUUUCUAGUUCCUUGUUCUAUUGGGGCCAGAGUGAAAAGAGUUUUUAUGCCAAAAGUGGGAUAUAUGUGACUCACCUUUCCCAUACAAGCCUUCUUAACAUCCUCAACCAAUUUAUGUAUGCUGCGACAUGUUUACAGCGUGUAGAAAUAGUGGUCAAUAAAGUUGAGACAUCUGUGAGGUUAUCACCCCCUACUUUGAGGGCAUUUGCAUGUUCUGUCUCUGCUUGGAUUAAGAGGUUGCGGGAUAUUGCUCUGAAGGAGGAAAUGAAGAUCAGUGAUGCUGACAUUGGAACCACUCCCACCCUAUUAGGUUUAGUCAAUUCUCUAUCAAGCCUCUGCUCAGGUGCUGAGUAUCUAUUGCAAAUAGUUCAUGGAGCCAUACCCCAAGUGUAUUUUGAGUCCAGUUCUUCUGUUCCAGCUGCUGAAUUGGCUGUGCAUGUGCUUGACUAUCUUUACAAGAAGCUCGAUGAAGUAUGUCUAGUGCAAGGUGGUGAGGAGGAAGCUUAUCAAAUGCUACUUCAUAUUUUUGUUGGGAGUUUGUUACCAUACAUUGAGGCUCUUGAUUCCUGGCUAUUUGAAGGAACACUAGAUGAUCCUUUUGAGGAGGUGUUCUUUUAUGCUAACAAAGCAAUCUCAGUUGAUGAUGCUGAGUUCUGGGAGAAGAGCUAUCUAUUAAGAUUUGUACAGUUUCAGAAACUAGAUGAUGAGCUCUCUGCUGCGACUAGCAACAGCAAUCAUGUACCUAUAGCAAAUGAGAAGAAGGAUAUGGGUGGACGGGAUUCCAUCUCUAUGCCUAGUUUAUUCAAAGGAAAAGAGCGGGUCAUUAGAGAUUGCCGAACAUGUCCUCUGUUUAUCCAUGACAUAUCUAAAUCAAUUCUUUCUGCUGGAAAAUCAUUGCAGCUGAUCCAGCAUGUUCCGACUACAUUCUCAGCGACAUCUGGCAAAGGAAGUGAUUGUCAGUUUGAUGGUUUUGGAAGCUCUAUUGAUGGUUUUCAUCGUGGGCAACAUAUAGCAGGGUUAACAUUAUCGGAAGUUUUCUUAGUUUCGUUAACAGGUCUUAUAGGCCAUGGUGAUCACAUCUCAAGAUACUUUUGGCAGGAUGACCUCUGCAAAUCUGAGAUUCUCCCAUCAUUUGAUGAAUCCUUCGUGAGCAAGCUAAAAGUGGGAAAUGUUGGUGGUGAAACUUUGCCAUCAUGCUCAGAGAAGAUUUGGUAUAAGUUCUUGGUUGAUACAUUGCUGCAGAAAAGAAUGAACAAUUUAAAGUCUGCAUGUAUGGAUGCAAGUUCUUUUCUUGAUGCAAAUGAAGAGAAUAUGGUUGCAGGUCUUAGGGAUAAAUUGCCUCUCUUGGAAUCAUUCUGCCCAGAAAAUCCAGUUAUUACUGUCUGUCAGACAAGCCUUAGAAAUAAUAUGGAUGCCUGGAAAACAUUGAACUUGUCUAGAAAUUUCUAUCUACCUCCUUUAAAUGAUGAGGCUUUACGAAAGGCUGUCUAUGGUUGUGAGAGCAAAUCUUCUCAUGUUACUCAAGGAACAAAUUAUACUUUUGGUUUUCAGUUUGGAGAAUCCGAUUAUGCUCGUUCACAAAAUGACACAGAACCCUUAGAAGUGGUGUUUCCUUUCCCUACUCUUCUUCCUUCAUUUCAGGAUGAUCUCCAAAUGCCAGAGCUGUUACCUUUCCAGAAAAAUAGCACACUUGCAUCAAGAGUUCUCUGCUGGCUUCAAAAUGUUGAGCCAAGAACUACUCCACUCCCUGUGGUUAUAAUGCAGGAAUGCCUUACUGUCUACAUUAAGAAGCAAGUGGAUUAUAUUGGCAAGCAUAUAUUGUCAAAGUUGAUGACUGAUUGGAGAUUGAUGGAUGAGCUUGCAGUAUUGCGGGCCAUAUACUUGUUAGGUUCAGGUGAUCUACUGCAGCAUUUUUUGACUGUGAUUUUUAAUAAGCUGGACAAGGGAGAAACUUGGGAUGAUGAUUUUGAGUUGAAUACAUUAUUACAGGAAUCUAUUAGAAACUCUGCUGAUGGAAUGCUACUAAGUCCAGAUUCAUUGGUUGUGUACAUCGCUAAAAAUCAAGGUUUUGAUGGUGAUCCUAGUUUGGCUACUGUUGCCUCCCCCCCUCGUAAAAAUCGUGUUCACAGUUUUGGGAUUGAUGGCCUUGAUUUAUUGAAAUUCACCUACAAGGUCCCCUGGCCACUUGAACUUAUUGCUAAUGCAGAGGCUGUUAAGAAGUAUAACCAAGUGAUGUGCUUCUUGUUGAAGGUCAAGCGUGCAAAGUUUGUUCUUGAUAAAGCUCGGAGGUGGAUGUGGAAGGGUAGAGGCACUCCGACAUACAACCGCAAGCACCAUUGGUUAGUGGAGCAGAAACUCCUCCAUUUCGUGGAUGCUUUUCACCAAUAUGUAAUGGAUAGGGUAUAUCAUAGUGCAUGGCGUGAACUGUGUGAAGGUAUGGCUGCCGCUCGAUCCUGGGAUGAAGUCAUAGAAGUUCAUGAGGCCUACUUAUUGUCAAUUCAACGGCAGUGCUUUGUUGUCCCAGAUAAACUGUGGGCUCUGAUUGCAAGCCGAAUCAAUAUUAUCCUUGGAUUAGCUCUUGAUUUCUACUCCAUACAGCAAACUCUUAGUAGUGGUGGAGCAGUUUCUGCAAUCAAGGCCAGAUGUGAAAUGGAAGUUGACCGUAUUGAGAAACAGUUUGAUGAUUGCAUUGCUUUCCUACUAAGAGUCCUAUCUUUCAAGCUCAAUGUGGGGCACUUUCCUCAUUUGGCAGAUUUGGUUACUAGGAUCAACUACAACUAUUUCUACAUGUCUGAUAGUGGAAACUUGAUGAUUGCACCUAGCUCUGAAACUGUUGGUUUGAGAAUGGGGAAGGCCUUUGUAGGUAGAACAGAUUGAAUGGUGUUGUUUGGGAUGGUUGUGAUACUACGUCUCUUAACAUGUUUCAGGGCAAGUGUGUCCUCUAGAUUGUACAGAAUUUGAAAAAGCCUAUAUCACCAUGCUUUAGGGUUUGUUGAUAGAACAUGAUGGAUAUGGAGGAAGUUGCUUGUGGCAGCAAUGGACCCCUUGCCCUUACCUAUAGUUCUCAAAAUUGCCACCUGUAAAUUAAUCUCCAUUUGCAAUGUUCUGUUUCAUUGCCUUCCUUAAAACAUGUGCAGAUAUAAGGUGCUCUAAGACUCGGUCAUGGUAUUUUAAUUAUAGUAGACUACUGUUUCAUGAGUAAAAGUGGACUGUGAAUCAUUUUCUCUCAUUGUCCUCUAGGGAGAGAUCUUUGGUGUGAUGUGGGGUUAUGCCUUAGAAUGUGAUAGAGUUUUUAGCUUACUGGAAAGUUGGGGAAGUAUAUAAGAAUGCUAUGAUCUUGGAAUGUUAUGCCUUUGCCCCAUAUUUGGUGUGUUUGGCAUGAAUGGAACUCUCAUAUAUUUGAAGGAUGUGAACUUCUGGUGAA